UGACUGUUCUUUUCGGCUACAACCUUCCAAGAUGGCUGACCAGAAUGAGAGAGCUUUCCAAAAGCAACCAACGGUUUUCCAGAACCGAAAGCGUGUUUUAGGAUCGAAGGUCAAAGUCCAACGUCUAGUGAGAAAUGUAGGGCUAGGUUUCAAGACACCGGCUGAGGCAAAGGAGGGAACAUACAUAGACAAGAAGUGCCCUUUCACUGGCAAUGUUCACAUUCGAGGAAGGAUCCUUAGUGGCUCGGUUGUAAAAAUGAAGAUGGACCGCACAAUUGUCAUACGGCGUGAUUAUCUUCAUUACAUCAAAAAGUACAAUCGAUUUGAGAAGAGACAUAAAAACUUGUCUGUACAUCUCUCACCUUGUUUCAGAGAUGUAAAACUUGGGGAUGUUGUGACUGUUGGUGAGUGUCGACCAUUGAGCAAGACCGUACGGUUCAAUGUUCUCAAGGUCAACAAAGCUCCUGGCUCUACAAAGAAACAAUUCCAGAAAUUCUGAAUGAACUGUAUUAUGUACAUCACUAAAUAAAGCACAGUUACAGAAUAAAGUCGUUAAGGAUUUUUGUUGAGAGUUAUCAUGAGCUAAACAAAUUAAAAUUUCACUUCGUAUAGGGAAAGCAUAAUUUAUACCCCAUAAUUAAAAUUUAAAUUUAACAUUGCAGACAGACUUUUUCUUGUAAUCUUUUGCAUAGACCCUUAAAUUGGUGUCAGGAAAUCGCGAAAAACAUUUUUUAAAAUCCAUCUCUUCUGUCUCAGAUUGUGAGAUAGAAGUACCAUGAUUUAAUUAAAUAAAAAAAACACAAAGAACUUCAAAUUGAAGAUCAUGGACAAUCAUGAUUUGAUGAAUACUAAUAACAUGGAGGGAAGUGUCGAGAUGUAAUGGAUUCUGAUACAGUACAGUAUUAAAAUACAUUCACACUAGACACAAUAACGACAAAAUAAAAAUGCGCUUGUUAAAAAAUAUAAAUGACGCUAUAAUAUGUUGUGUCGUCUUUGUGUCUAGUGUAAAUGUAGCUUUAAUGUGUACGAAACUGUUCAACAAUUUGUGUAUGAAUAUUACAUUUUCUAUAUUGAGUUUGAAAUAUAAUUUAAAGUGAUAAAAGGUAA